GAGUCCGCAGGGAACAUGGAGGAGCUGCUGAGGCGGGAGUUGGGCUGCAGCUCCGUCAAGGCCACGGGCCACUCAGGGGGCGGGUGCAUUAGCCAGGGUCAGAGUUACGACACGGACAGAGGACGCGUGUUUGUGAAAGUGAACGGCCAGCCGGAGGCUAGGAGAAUGUUUGAAGGUGAGAUGGCCAGUUUAACUGCCAUCCUGAAAACAGACACAGUGAAAGUGCCCAAACCCAUCAAGGUCCUGGAUGCCCCGGGAGGCAGCAGUAUGCUCGUGAUGGAGCAUCUGGACAUGCGGUAUCUGAGCAGUCAUGCUGCCAAGCUUGGAGCCCAGCUAGCAGAUCUGCACCUAGAGAAUAAAAGGCGUGGAGAGACGCUGCAGAAGGAGGCCAGCAGAGUGGGGAGAGGAGGUGGGCAGGAGGAACGGCCCUUCGUAGACCAGUUUGGGUUUGACGUGGUGACGUGCUGUGGAUAUCUCCCCCAGGUGAAUGACUGGCAGAAGGACUGGGUCACAUUCUAUGCCCAGCAGCGCAUCCAGCCCCAGAUGGACAUGCUGGCGAAGGGGUCUGGGGACAGAGAUGCCCUCGAGCUCUGGUCUGCUCUGCAGUUGAAGAUCCCUGAUCUGUUCCUUGAUCUGGACAUCGUCCCAGCCCUGCUCCACGGAGACCUCUGGGGAGGAAACGUAGCAGAGGAUUCCUCUGGGCCCAUCAUCUUUGACCCCGCCUCCUUCUAUGGCCACUCGGAAUAUGAGCUGGCAAUAGCCGGCAUGUUUGGGGGCUUUAGUAGCACCUUCUACUCUGCCUACCACAACAAGAUCCCCAAGGCCCCCGGAUUUGAGAAGCGCCUGAAGUUGUAUCAGCUCUUCCACUAUUUGAACCACUGGAAUCAUUUCGGAUCAGGGUAUAGAGGGUCCUCCCUCAACAUCAUGAGGAACCUCAUCUAGUGAGCUUGCUCCGCUCCGGGGGGAGGCCUGUGCGAGGAGCCUGCCGGAGCCUUAGGUUCAGAUGUACCAGAUCCUAACCCUCUGGUUCCCCCACAGUCCUCUUCUUCAGGGGUUCUGUCCCAUUUCACACACCUGGAGAGGCUUCAGACCAACUUUCCAAGCCUUGGAAAGUAUGUAAUGUCUCAGAAGAGAGGUGUUGUCAUCCUAAAGCUGUACAUUUCGUUAGACUUCGUAGUUGGAUAAACCAUACUAGUAAUGUGAACAGAGGGACCUCGCAGUGUGGGGCCAUGUCAAACCAAACAACUGCCCCAAAGGUAGAGAAGGGAAGUGGCCGGUGCGCCAUGCACUGCUGCCGCGGGCACCUUCCACCAUCCCCUCCCGUCUCGCCUCCAGGAUGACGCUACUCGAUGGCUGAGUGUGGUCUAGGCACGAAGCCGUCUCACUAGGGACAUCUUACAGUGACCAUUCCCCAGACUGAGCACAUUCCCUUUGCUUCCUGCUCCGCAGGCUGAGCAGGUCUGGAGAUGAUUUGGGGAAUGGCCAAACUGCCAGCUUCCGGGGUGUCCUCAGUAGAUUCAGGAGCCACUGAAUCGACUUCACCCCCCUUUGCCUGCCGCUCUCUCAGCUUGCCGAGUGUCCUUCCUUUGCUUCAGGUUUGCUCGCACUAAGCCAGUGUUUCCCCCCUUCUCUUGCAGGGGUGAGGAACGGUCAUGAAUGGCAUUGAUGUUAACAUGCUUUUGUGCAAACUUUUCAGUGGUUUCUAUGAUGCAAGGCACCAUUUCCCUCAUUUAAACCAUAAUUCAGUGUUUUUCCUAGAUAUUUGCCAAGAAGCCUUUGUAAUGUGUUACUCUAAUAAAUUGUUUCUUAAAGAGCAAA